AUGCUGCUUCUCGCUGCGCACCUCCUCGUCACGCCAUGCCGGCACCACGCAACGCCGAUCUCGAUGGCAGAGGCCUUGGAGGCGUUGCCACGCCGCGAGCUGCAGGCGCUUGCCAAGCAGAGCGGACUGCGAGCGAAUCAAAAGAGUUCAGUCCUCAUCGCGCAGCUCAGUGGAAGGAAUGGCGGCGUCUGGCCGCCAGCAGGCGUGGCCGGUGCACCCGUGGACCUGCCGGCGGCAGAGGACGAAGACCUGCGCUUGCUCUCGCGGAGAGAGCUGCAGGAGGUCGCCAAGCGGAGGGGCGUGCGGGCAAACGCAAAGUCGAGCGAGAUCAUCUCGGCGCUGGAGUCGCUCCGUCACGCCGACAGAGCCGCGCCGGAGCCCGACCCGGCACCAGCACCGCCAGAGGCUGCCGCGCCGGUGGAGGCUGCGGACGUCGGUCUCGAUCUGGUGGAGCGAGCCCGGCCCGCGGUGCUGACGCCCGCGCCGUGCGCGGGCGGGCGGUGGCAGCCGAUCCGGCUCCGCGGCCCGUCCCUCGAGCUGACUCUGCUCGUGCGGGACGUGGGCACGCCAGUCGGCCGGCUGGAUGUGCCUCCUCUGAGCAUCGUCGGGGAGAGGCUGGGCGGGGCGGAGGUGGAGGCGGAGGUGCUGCCCGCGCUGGAGCUCGGGGAGGAGGAGGUGGCGCUCGCCGCGGGGUGGGCGUCCACGCUCACCGGGCUGCUCGGCAUCGACGAGCCCGGCCUCUUCCCUGCUCCGGCUCAGAUGCUGCAUGCGGACGGCGUCUCGAGCGGCUCCGCGGGCGGGGCCGGCGAGGCGGCGGUGCUCUUCUGGCCGCAGACGGAGGUUGGGGGCGGCGCUGGUGCGGCGGGCGAGCGGCGCGCUCUCGACGCCUUGCGGGACCCGGCGCAGUGGGAGAGGCUGACUGCGGAGCCGGGCGCCGCAGAGCCGCGCGCCACAGAGCUUGGCACUGCAGAGCUUGGCACUGCGGAGCGGGGCGAUGCAGCUGCGUGGCCCGAGGACGGCGAGGGGGAGCCGGUGGUUGUGCUCGAGCACCGGAGGCCGGAGUGGGUUGCGCUCACGCCCACGCUACGGCUCUCCCGCGGUGUGGCCGGCUUGGCGAGGGUCAACCCGGACCGGAACGAGCAGAGCGGCGUCGGCGAGAAGACGCACCGCAACCCGAAGAACGCGCUGCAGGAGGCCGCCUACCGGCGCGGCCUCCCGCCUCCGAGCUACGCCUCGGAGCAGCUCUCGGAGCAGGUCUGGGCCGCGACCCUCUCCCUCGAGGGGUACGGGCACUUCCGCGGCGAGCCCGCGCCGCGGAAGCGGCUCGCAGAGAUGGCUGCGGCGCGGCUCGGCCUCCGCGCCGUCGAGGAGGGGGCGGAGCCCCCUGCGGCGGCGGAGCCCCCUGCGGCGGCGGCGGAGGAGCCGGCGGUGCUGCCGCCCGGAGGAGUGGGCAGCCCAAAGGCGCGGCUGGGCCGGCUGGCGACGCGGGCGGGCGGCUACGUGGCCUACUCCGUCGAGCACCUCGGCCACCAGCUCUUCCGCGCCACCGUCCGCCUCGCCGGCAUCGAGGCCGCCUCCCCCGCCGCGUGGCCGCCGGCGGCAGGCCUCGACGCCGCCGGCGAGCCCGCGCGCUCGAAGAAGCUGGCCGCGCAGAGCGCUGCGACGGUCGCACUCGGCGAGUGGGGCGACCAGCUCGCGCUGCUGUGCGAGCCCGGCGCCGACGCCGCGGGGGAGGAGGGGGAGGGCGGAGGCGCAGUGCUUCGGCUCGCCCUCCCUCUCCGCGCGUCGCAGUGGCGCGGCGCGGCGUGUGCCGUCGUGAUGGCGCGCGUCCUGGCGCACGCCGCAGAGGUGCGCCUCCUCCGCGCCGACCUGCUCACGCUCCUGCCCGCGGCGUCGGUGCCUUCCUAUGCGACCCUCUGCGGCGCCACGACGCCGCGCUCGAUCGGCGGCGGCGGGGAGGGGUCCAACGAGAUGUCCGCUUGGGUGGGCAACGCGGUCUUGGGCCUCUGCUGCAAGGUGGCCGCCGUCCUCGCCCUCGGCGCGCCGCCGCGGCGGGCGCAGCAGGUCUUCUCCCCGCACUACUACCGCUGGCUCGGCACCAGCUGGCUGGCGGGGCGGGUGCGGUCGCGCGGGUGGGAGAAGGCGCUCUUCCUGCAGCCGUGGGCCGGCGAGAGCGGCAUCACGCGAGGGGGGGCGAGCCCCGAGACGCAGAAGGAGGUUGGCGAGGCGGUCAUCGGCGCCGUCUUCCUCCACAGCCUGGCGGCGCACGGCGUCGACCGCGCGAUGGAGGACGCGUGGCGCCUCUGCUCGCGCGUCGUGCUGCGCGGCGAGGGCAGCGUGGCAGAAGGGUGGGGCGAGGCGCUCGCCGUGCUCCGCCCGCGCCUCGUCGCUCGCCGGCCGGGCCCCGUCGACCUCCUCUCCCUCCCGUGGCCGAGCGAGCCGGGCCUGUUCGCCUCGGCCGCCUCGCGCGAGUGGGAGGGGCAGUCGCUCGAGUUCGUCGGUGACGGCGUCCUCCGCGUCCUCCACUCGCUCCACCUCCUCGAGUCGCUGCCCGGCUCGACCGAGCGCGGCGUGCGGGCGGCGGCUCGCAUCGCGAUGGAGAGGAACGAAUUCCUCGCGCGCCGGAUCUCGCGCGUCGUCGGCACAGACGGCUCCUGGCUGACGAGCAAGCUCCGGCUUGCGCGCGACGAGGUGCAGCGUUCGAUGGCGGAGCAGGACCAGCUCCAGCUGGGCGACGAAGAGGCGUUUCGGCUCGACCUCGCCGCCAGCUUGCCCGACGAGAGCACCAAGGUGCUGGCCGACGUGCUCGAGGCGCUCGUCGGCGCGGUGGCGGUGCAGGACGGCCUCGAGCGGGCGGGUGCCGCCUUUGCCCAGGUGGUCCUCCCGCCCCAGUGCGUCGUCGACGAGCUCGCCGACGGCAGGGUCGCGGGCGACGUGACGCAGCUCCCCGCUGGCUCCGGUGGUGCCUCGAGGUGGUCCGCUUCAGCAUGAUCACUGAUCAGGGUGGGCUCGUCUCAUGUCUGUAUGUGUGGACUCGUGGUGGUUUGAAGGUUUCGUUUUUG